AUGUGGGGUCUAUUUGGCAGCAAACAGCCAGUGUUACCUGCAACAAUUCCUACGGAUGAGAUCAUCCCGCUGAGUCCGUUAGAUGACAUCGACUACUUGCGUAGUGUCUGCUUGGUUGUGACGCACAGAUAUGACGAUGUUCUCGAUCCUGAGAAACUCCGUUAUGCCCUCGAAAGGCUUGUGGACCUUCCCGGCUGGCGCAAGAUGGGCGCUCGGCUUAGGCUGAAUAAAUUGGGAAAGUUGGAAUACCAUGUGCCAGAGCGCUACGACGAGAAGCGGCCAGGUAUAGGGUACUCACACGUUUCCUACGACAUUUCCAUCAACGAGCAUCCUUUGGCCUCGAGGAUCCCUCGAGCGACUGAGAAACCGACGGUGGCGGCGGACCCCAAUGAGUUUCUUGAUUUGGCACGCAGCGAGGACGGGCCAAGGUUCUUCGAGGACUACAUCACCCGGGACGUCCCCCAGCUUGCUCUGCACAUUGUUUCGUUCACAGACGCAACUUUGGCAUCUCUAAGUUUCCCACACACUUUCACCGACGGCACAGGAGGUGGUCACAUCUACCGUGCCUGGUCUCUUGCCCUUCAGGAAAGAUAUGAUGAAAUUGCCGAGUUUCACGGCUACAACCACGACCCUCUGGCCGGGUUUGGAGCCAACCCGACAGAGCCGUACAUCUACGCCGACAAACUUUUAACAGGAUGGAGGAAAUGGCUCUUUUUGCUGCGCCAAUUGUAUUUGAGCGUGCGUUACGGGACCGAAUCUCGUGUGCUCUGUAUGCCGGGGCCUUACUUGACCCGACUUCGAAAGCAGGCAAUUGAAGAGAUCAGAGCGGAGACGGGAGAUCCAAAUGCUUUCGUUAGCGACAAUGAUGUCCUCACUGCCUGGUUUACCCAAGUUGCCAUGUCUGACAUGCCUCGGAAUUCCAACAGGACGAUCCGCAUCAUGACGGCGUUUAGACUUCUCGGCGUUGUGCCAAACAAAUAUCUCCCUGACGGGAAAGCUUACGUCGCCAACGCAGUGAGCGAGGUGUGGACCUUUCUCAAAGCCCGGGACAUCUUCAACAAACCACUCAGCUACACGGCCCACGCGAUCCGGCGUUCGUUGACGGAAGGAGGCACACCAGAACAGAUUGAAGCACUGGCGGCCAUCAAAAGGGAGGCCUCCGAGGCCACCGGGCUUAUCCUGCCAACUAUUUUUGGCGACGUCACCAUGAACAUGAUCAACUUUACCAACAACACCAAGAGCAAGUUCUUCGAGACGGACUUGUCAGCCGCCAUAGUCAAGGAAGGGCUCCCUCGCUCCACACGUACUACUCCACCAGGCUUCCCAUCGUAUAUCCAGUUCAAUGCUUGGUCGCCAAGGUUUCAACUGCGUGAUAUACUCCCCAUUAUGGGUAGAGAUGCUGCGGGGAACUACUGGCUUGUAGGAGCUCUGCGUGAGAAUGUUUGGAGUAUGAUUGACAAGAAGCUGAGGGAGGCUUGACGUCAGAAACAGGGUAUCUGGAAAAGAAAACCUCUUGUCUUGGCUCAUCUCCUUGUAUAUCGAGAAACUUGCCUAAACAUCUCUACAUGGGAAUCGAGAAUAGAACAUAGAGAUCAUGUGUAU